GCCGGGUGUCCCGAGGGGGCAGAAGCCGAGGCAGUGGCGGCCGAAGAUGGCGGGGUGCAGGGGCGUCCUGUGCUGCUGCUGCCGCUGGUGCUGCUGCUGCGGAGAGCGCGAGAGCCGCACCCCGGAGGAGCUGACUAUCCUUGGAGAAACACAGGAGGAAGAUGACGAGAUCCUUCCCCGAAAAGACUAUGAGAGUUUGGACUAUGACCGUUGUAUCAAUGACCCCUACCUGGAAGUGCUGGAAAGCAUGGAUGAUAAGAAAGGUCGAAGGUAUGAGGUGGUGAAAUGGAUAAUGGUGUUUGCUAUUGGAGUCUCCACUGGCCUGGUGGGCCUCUUUGUGGACUUCUUUGUACGACUCUUCACCCAGCUCAAGUUCCGAGUUGUACAAGCUUCGGUCGAGGAGUGCAGUGAGAAAGGAUGCCUCGCUCUCUCUCUCCUUGAGCUUCUCGGCUUUAACCUGACCUUUGUCUUCUUAGCCAGUCUGCUUGUCCUGAUUGAGCCAGUGGCAGCUGGUUCUGGGAUUCCAGAGAUCAAAUGUUACCUGAAUGGCGUGAAGGUGCCUGGCAUUGUCCGUCUUCGAACCCUGGCAUGCAAGGCCUUGGGCGUGCUCUUCAGCGUGGCUGGAGGGCUCUUUGUAGGGAAGGAGGGUCCCAUGAUUCACAGCGGUGCAGUUGUGGGUGCUGGACUCCCUCAGUUCCAGAGCAUCUCUUUGCGGAAAAUCCAGUUUAACUUCCCCUAUUUUCGAAGUGACAGAGACAAGCGAGACUUUGUGUCAGCAGGUGCAGCUGCAGGAGUUGCCGCGGCUUUCGGGGCGCCCAUUGGGGGCACCCUCUUCAGCCUGGAAGAGGGCUCGUCCUUCUGGAACCAGGGACUCACUUGGAAAGUGCUCUUUUGUUCCAUGUCUGCCACGUUCACCCUGAACUUCUUUCGUUCUGGAAUACAGUUUGGAAGUUGGGGUUCCUUCCAGCUCCCUGGGUUGCUGAAUUUUGGGGAGUUUAAGUGCUCUGACUCUGAUAAAAAAUGUCACCUCUGGACAGCUGUGGAUUUGGGUUUCUUCAUCGUGAUGGGGGUCAUUGGGGGCCUCCUUGGAGCCACAUUCAACUGUCUGAACAAGAGGCUUGCAAAGUACCGUAUGCGAAACGUGCACCCGAAACCUAAGCUUGUCAGAGUCUUGGAAAGCCUGUUGGUGUCCCUGAUGACCACGGUGGUGGUAUUUGUUGCUUCCAUGAUUUUGGGAGAGUGCCGGCAGAUCUCCUCUGCUAGUCAGAGUGGGAAUGACUCGUUCCAGCCACAGGUUACUUCAGAAGACGUGAACUCGAGCAUCAAAACUUUCUUUUGCCCCAAUGAGACCUACAAUGAUAUGGCGACACUAUUCUUCAAUCCCCAAGAAUCUGCCAUCCUGCAGCUCUUUCACCAGGAUGGCACUUUCAGCCCCAUCACGCUGGCCUUGUUCUUUAUUCUCUACUUCUCACUCUCCUGUUGGACCUAUGGCAUGUCGGUUCCAAGUGGCCUCUUCGUGCCCUCCCUGCUCUGUGGAGCUGCUUUUGGACGCUUAGUGGCCAACGUUCUGAAAAGCUACAUUGGACUGGGCCACAUCUAUUCAGGGACCUUUGCCUUGAUUGGUGCUGCAGCUUUCUUGGGUGGUGUAGUCCGAAUGACCAUCAGCCUUACAGUCAUCCUGAUAGAGUCCACCAAUGAGAUCACUUACGGGCUUCCCAUUAUGAUCACCUUGAUGGUGGCCAAGUGGACUGGGGACUUCUUCAACAAAGGCAUUUACGACAUACAUAUAGGACUGCGAGGGGUGCCGCUUCUUGAGUGGGAGACAGAAGUGGAAAUGGAUAAGCUGAGAGCUAGCGACAUCAUGGAGCCUAACCUGACGUACGUGUACCCACAUACUCGCAUCCAGUCUUUGGUCAGCAUCCUUCGAACCACAGUCCACCACGCAUUCCCUGUGGUGACGGAGAAUCGGGGCAAUGAGAAGGAGUUCAUGAAAGGAAACCAGCUGAUCAGUAACAACAUAAAAUUCAAGAAAUCCAGCAUUCUCACAAGGGCUGGUGAGCAGCGCAAGAGGAGCCAGUCCAUGAAAUCCUACCCAUCGAGUGAGCUUCGUAACAUGUGCGACGAGCACAUAGCCACAGAGGAGCCAGCAGAGAAGGAGGACCUCCUGCAGCAGAUGCUGGAGAGGAGAUACACGCCCUACCCCAACCUCUACCCUGACCAAUCUCCCAGUGAAGACUGGACCAUGGAAGAACGCUUCCGCCCUUUGACCUUUCAUGGCCUGAUACUUCGAUCACAACUCGUCACUUUGCUGGUCCGAGGGGUUUGUUAUUCUGAAAGUCAGUCGAGUGCCAGCCAGCCUCGGCUCUCUUAUGCUGAGAUGGCCGAGGAUUAUCCCCGCUAUCCGGACAUCCACGACCUGGAUUUGACCCUGCUGAACCCCAGGAUGAUUGUGGAUGUUACCCCAUACAUGAAUCCAUCACCAUUUACAGUCUCACCCAAUACGCACGUCUCACAAGUCUUCAAUCUAUUUAGAACAAUGGGCCUCAGACACUUGCCAGUGGUGAACGCGGUGGGAGAGAUUGUUGGGAUCAUUACCAGGCACAACCUGACCUAUGAAUUUCUCCAAGGAAGACUAAGACAGCACUAUCAGACCAUCUGACCCCCAGCAACUCACCCCCCAACCACAAAGCAGCCCCUCCUCUCCUGGAGAGAGCCAUGGGGUGACUCAUCGACAUUCUGCCCUGGACCUCUGCUCUCCCAGGGCGCAGAGGAUGCACCAGGUGGUUUCACUCACGUGCACGCCGGAAUCGUCUAACGUUUUGUUGGUCAGAGAUGUGAGGGGCUGUAGAAAACAGCAGAGGUGCUGCAUAGCAGAGAGACUUCCCCUGGCUGGUAUCUUCUCCUGCCUCUCUUGCUUUCCUCCUUGCCAUCAGAUAUUUGCACAGCCCCCAGCUCUUCCUUCAGCUCUGCCUGGGCACCGGAGGUUCAGACCGAUCCCUGCCGAGCCACGUCCUACCCUCUGCAGGGGGAUGCUCGGAGCAUUUCAUCCUGUGCACUCCUCAUUGCUGCUUCCCUUCUGCAGCCGAUGCCUUAGUCGAGGCCAGGGGAUCUCGGCUUUGGCAGGCACUGUCCUACUGCCAGCUAGAAAAUCAAAUGAAUUACUCAUUUGAGGAAGUGAGAACCUUACAGAAACUCCUUCUCAGUAUGUGAUUCUUCACCUGGCCGUCUUCUCUUUCAUUUUUAAAGACCACGUUCAUGCUUUCUUGGGGCCAGCUGACAUUCCAAUGGUGGCCCCUGGGCUUGCGUUUGUUGCUGGCACUCUCCAGAAGCUCAGUGGUUAGAAUCUUCGUCCUGGUGUUAGAAAGGGUUUAGUCUCACAGUGAGGAUGUCAGUGUGUGCACACCUUCAGCAGGGAGGCAGUCAGGGACAGAGCUGCUUCCUGCCACCCACCUUACAGUACCCCGUCACCCCCCACCUUGCCAGUUGCCUUUGGUCCUCCUUCGAUUUAGUCUUGUCUUGACUAUGUGAAGCUAGUAGAUGGGAUUCUCUCAGACCCUGUUUCCUCUCCAAAGAUAACUAAGCAAAAGCAUCUUUAGCUCCAUCAGAUUUCUUGGUGAAGCAGCCCAAAGGAAUUUAGCAUCACCCAAAGUUACCUAAGAUCAGGGCACCCUUGGGUUAGAUUGUCUCACUUCAGUCAGAAAUUAGGUAGGGUUUUUCACGAGGGCAGAAACUACUUACCCGGGCUAGAGCUUAAUCUCCUGACUGAGUCUUGAGUGUCUUGAGUGAGAGAAAUGAAAGGUGAGACAGACCCUCCCCAUCCUCCUCUUCCACCAUGGGGCUGUCCCCCUCCCACUGAGGGCUGAGGGCCUCUGCAUCGGGUGUGCCCCAGCUGCAUCCUCCUGAGCCACGCUCACACAGGCUCCGUGGUCCUCACUUUGCCCCCGAGUUCUGCUGGCUGCGCAGGUAAAAGUCACCCAGACUUCUCUCCCUUCUUGAUAGUGCAUAGACUUUAGCUUCUCCUCUGUAGAGGCUUUGCAACCUCAUCUCCUCUGGUGGCUGUUACACACUUCUUCCAGUUCCAUUGGAGUAGCUCCCUGUCUGAGUGAAAUCAGGCAUUGGUGACCAGGACUUCUCAUUUCCCUCUGCUGCUGCCUUGCCAGCCUUCUCUUCCAGAUCCAUCGGCCCACCCGAUGCUUAUGUUCCCUUUGACCCAAGGUAUGACCGGCAUGCUCCGGUAUUUUAGUUCUUUCCUCCUUCCUUGAAAGUAAGCUGAGGGCUUGCUUCAGCUCCCAUCUUCCUCCAUCACUCCUGUGGAGGCUUGGGCUGAUGUCCCAAAGGUCUGACGCUCCAGUUUGUGAAGUGGGGUCAGUCCUGGCUUGUAGCUCAUUUCUUAUAAUCAACACAUUUGAAAGUGAAUUUCCCUAAAGAGCAAGGUGCUCUUGUGAAUCUUGUGCAUCUGCCUUAGAUUCACGCUACCCAAGGUUCUUUAUCACUUUGACCAAAAUUACUGUAGCUUGUUUCUAAAUUGCUCAGUUUUUCUGGACAUGGUGGAGAAGAAAUUCUCCAUCUUCCAGGAAAUGUCUAGGACCAAAACACCAGAUCCCUUUAAAUUGGGUAUCUCUGUCUGAUUGUGAAUUCAGAUGACUGCUGUGGCCAGCACCGUUUUAACCUGUGAAAGAGUCCAAAUGCCGCAGUAGCAUAAUGAUUUUUCAUUUUCUUUUUUCAUUUUUUUCUUUAUUAAAAAAAACCUCAUUAAGAUUUACCAAGAGCUUUGGAAACCUAUUGCACUAGAAGGACUGCACAGCCCAGGAGAGGAGCACUCUCUUGGACAGGAGUUGGUACCCUCACGUUUUUCCUCCCAUCUCCCUCUCACAACUAAAGUGGCAGGUUCUCCUUUAAGUCUGUCUUCUCAUCUGGACGGCAAAUCCAUAGGGCUUUGCUUUGAGGCUACUCCAAUGCAACCAUACUGGCACUUUCCAUCCCAUUGCACAGACUGUCAGAUCACGGGAUCACACAUCACCAGGAAUGUGCAAUCACAUGGCCUAGAAGCAAAUGAUGGGACCAGGGCCAUCUGAACCAGCCAAGACCAGAGCAGCCCAGGUCAUCCUUAAUGGAGGACACCAGACAAUGAGUGGCCCAGAGCUCUCGGGCCCCACAUUCCGAUUCCUGACUUUGUGUCUUUGGAUAAGCCCCUUUUUGAAGGCCUGCAGGCGACAGCUUCUCCACCUACAAAAGAGGGAAUGUGGAUUUCACUGCUGCAAGUCACCACCAGGCAUCUGUUCUGUGGAAGAAACCAGCAUUUGACACCUUGAGCACAGCCUUCCGGCACUACCGGCUAUGUGGGCUGGUCCCUUAACAUGAGCACUGCAGUGUAAGAGGAUUUCCUUUGGCUUUUAUCCCCAACCCGACAUUCCAGGAUUCCCCACCUCCAAGGUUUUCUCUCACUGGAUGUGGGAGGAAGACAAAUAAUGAAGCCCCGAUGAUGACCUAAUUAGAUCACUUGCUUAUUUUAACUAACAGUUUCUGACUUAGAGGUGAUAGCGAAAUGAGAUUGUGUUUCUGGAUAUUGCUGUCUGUGAUGCUGUUCUGAUGCAGAUCUAAGCAAUGAUGUGCGCCCACUGAUGGGAUGGUCUUGGGGAAAGGGCUCCUGGGGCCCUCCUGAGAACCUGUGCAGUGUUAAUGUGCAGUAUUGCCUUGCAACAGUCAUUUCAAUGGUAACAUUUUUUUCUGUUUGCACUGUUUGUUUAUAAAAAUAAUGUAACCUUAUUCCAUUGUGUAUAUAUAGUAUUUUUUUUAAUUUGUACAAAAAAUAUUUUUAUUUGAACUUUUGUCACUUGGAAGUCCUUAUUGUAACCAUAACAUGUCUGAAAAUAAAAUGUCCUUGUCUGUCCUUCA